AUGGCGAUGCGGGGGGCGGCGGCGGCGGGGAGAAUACGGUGGGUCGCCCGGGGGACGGUCCUGGCGUCUGGUGAGGGCAAGUCGCCGGCGGAAGAGUUUUCUCCGAUGGCGGCGGUCUUCCGGCGGCGGCUUCUGGCGGGGACCGCGACGGCGUCGGUAGUGGCGCUGGGGGCUAACUUCGCUGGAGUCACCAGCUCCCUGCUCGGCCUCUACCCGGAUUUCGGCCGGCGACUGAAACUGGACGCCCUCUACCCAGUGGGGGGCUACAGCCGCUGCCUUGACACGGGGGAAGGCUUUGGUGAGCCUUCAUUCUUCCCCCCCCCCCCCCCCGGCGGCGGAAUGAUCCUCUCUGCCAAUCAUCCUUGACGCUGUUCUCUAUUUGUUACCCUCAAUCGGAUUAUUUUUUGCAGAGUUCACGUAUCCCGCCGACUGGGUCGGAGACCAGACGCUGCUGUACAGAGCAGCGGAGAGGGCGGAGUUGCAGAGGCAGCUGGACCCAUCCUCGCCUCUGAUGGACGCCGGCCCGCGCCGCCGCCGCCGCAGCAGCGGCGCGAGCGAGCCCGCCGUGGCUUUCGGGCCGCCAGGUUCUAACGGCGAGCUCAACGUCAGCGUCAUCGUCUCCUCCGUCCCCGCCGAUUUCUCGUAAGUUCCCCUUAAAGAGCUCAACUUCAGCAUGCCCGCGCCGACACUGAACCGUGGUGUGCUUCCUCGAACAGGAUAGAGGCCUUCGGGAGCCCCAAAGAGGUCGGGGAGGCAGUGCUGAGGACGAUCACCGGCGCCAGAGGUGGCACUGCCGCUGUCACGGCAGAGCUGGUAGACUCCGCCGUGAGGCGGGACCCCGCGAGGAACGUGAACUACUACAGACUUGAGUUCCGGGUAGAGUCGCCGUCGUUCCGCCGGCACAACGUCGCCGUCUGCUGCGCGUACGGCGGUAAACUGUUCACUCUGAACGCUCAGGCGCCGGAGUCCGCCUGGCCGACCGUCAGAGACGAGUUCAACUUCGUAGCGGACUCCUUCAACCUCACCUUCCCCUGA